AUGUGUGCUGGUUGCUUCACUCAUGUCCUCGCAGAUGCCAGGCUACGAGAUGAAUUGGCUACCUGUCCUAACUGCAGAAUUGAAAUCAGCAAAACGUCUGCAUCUCGAAAUUUGGCAGUUGAAAAAGCGGUAUCCGAAUUGCCGGCAGAAUGUCAAUACUGCGCCAAGGAGUUCCCACGGAAUUCCUUGGAACGUCACGAAGAAACGAUGUGCGAGGAGAGGAUAUCUAGUUGCAAAUACAGUAGGAUCGGUUGCCCAUGGCGAGGUCCAAAUCAUGAAGGACCAGAGCACGAAGCACAUUGCGUUCAUCCUCAUCGCACUGGGGCAGAUGUUAUGGAAGCUUUACGCGACAUUGAUGCUCGUACUUUAGAAGAACGUAGGCUCUAUGACAAUGUCUUUGAUCUUUUGUCCUACGAAAAAAUCACUUUCAAUGAUUUACAAAUGAAGCCGUACCGUACCGAUGAAUUUGUUCAUAAAUUGUUUUACGAAACAUCUCGUUUCACGGCAUUCAAUAAUCAAUGGGUUGUGAAAGCAAGGAUCAACAAUAGCCAACGCGAUCCUACUCAAAGUUCUGAACGCGAUAUAACUUAUCAGUUGAUUCUGAAAACGAAAACGACAUAUCCAUUACCCCUGCACUAUUUGAUAUUGAAAGGACCCUUUGGCGAUAUGAAAGUACAGCCAAGAAUUCAUAGAUUUGAAUUCACUGAACAAGACAACGAAAGUCCAUAUUUGCCUAUACCAUUACCAGAUACGGCGGAGUGUAAUAGACUUCUUGCUGCAAAAGCAAUUAGUUUCAGGUUAAUAAUGUUCCUGGCAUCUAAAUAA